AUGGAGUCCGAACCCAGAGGAAGAAAGCAAGACCUAUGUGGUCGAGGCUUUAAGCCAAUCGGUUUCUCUGGUGCAGUUUUCAGAGACGACGUGGUUUCAUUUGGCCGUGAUUACGGGCACGUAUCAGACAGCAAUGGUGCUGCAUAUGAUGCAAAGGCCGACGUCAAGCCGCUAGCUCCCGAUGUCAGCGAUGCAGUCCCUGAUAUUGUGUUCCAGAACCCAGGCGAAAAUAGAAGCGAAGCAGAUUCUCAGACUAGACCAAGUACUUCAGAUGCUGAGAAGACCGUGGAAGACCAAGCAGAGGUUGGGACAGAUGGGCAGAAAGAGCGGGUCGAAGUCGGCGAAGACUUGGGUAAUCCAAAUGUUGUACUCUUCGAGAUUGAUGACCCAGACUUGGAGGAAUCGACAGCCAGCCCCUUGGUCGAGAACGAAGAGCUUAACGUCUCGUCCAGAGAGGCAGGGGGGUCAAUUUUAGAAACGACUACCGAAUGGCUCGGUAUCUGUCCCAGGAACACAUCUGCCAAGGAUCACGUCUGUAUUCUGUUCGGAUGCAGCGUUCCUGUCAUUUUGCAUCCCAUGGGAGAAGAUGCUUAUAAGCUGGUCGCGGAGGUAUAUGUUUAUGGAGUGAUUAGUGGAGACGUGAUCAAAAACAUGGAUGAGGAAGAAUUGGAAAGGCGAAAUAAAGUUUUCAACAUUAGAUGA